AUGAAACGAAUUUGAAGCCUGACAACAUGGCGGCAAUGCCGUUUAAUGUAAGUAGUACAAACGAUUUUUCCAUUCUUAAAAUCACUUAUAAUGCGGACAGACAGACGUUUAGUGGAGUUUAUCACUGUAAAAAACCAAAGAAGGAGUGUCUGAUGGCCGUGUUUACUCUAAAUUUGAAAGAGACAUCUCCCGAGGGUGAAGUGAAAUACACACCUUGGCUGAUAACUUCACCUUUCCUGCAGGCAAAGUUUGAACUACAUCUAGCUCCGUACCUUUUCUCUCCUGAGAUUUGUGUUGCGCCUGCGCCAUGUACAAGUGAUGUUCGGGUUACCGGUAAGAACACUGCCCAGUGUGUCAUGAGAGUUCAUUUCACCAGGAGCUCUGGGUUAGAAGAUUUCCCGUAUGUCAGUGUCGGCGAGCCUCAGGAUAUAGCAGAGCUAGUUGGCCACGGACCCAAAAUGACGGCUAUUUGUUUGUACAAAAGAGCCUUGGAUUUCCUUGGCCCUAGAAGGCAAAUACCGAGGGCCAUGAGCCUUGCAGCGUUUUUUUAUCGGAACAAAACGAAGGAAUAUUUUGGCGACAUAUUUCUAAAUCACAGUGGAGUUAUGCGCCCCUACCUGAAAGAUAACACUGGCGACCCAAAGUGUCCUAUUACCAACAGACUUAAGGGGCUGUUUUUCUCGACAUCUAUUUCAGGAGCACAACUGCCUUCGCCCUUUGGGCCUCAUCGAUUCGUGGUACCGCUGAUAGCGUUACUGCAAAAUAUGGGCUCGUGGCAGUUCUAUUUUGCAGACUUCUAUUGCUUGGACAAAGACAAAAGUUCCCAUCAUGUAAAUCUUGUCCUUUGUGAAAAAGACACAGAUGCUCAUAAAAUGUGCGAAGAGUGUUUACUGAGGUUACCCUCAGAAAAUCCUUUCUUGCAAGUGGCAGUCGAUCAUUCCCAAUAUCUUGUCAAUUCUCACAUCAAGGUAGAAGUAAUUUAUACCAAAGAGAUUGAUAUCGUCAGAAUGUGUCGGGAUAUGGGUGCAGAAAUGCAAACUGUGUCGUCUUACGGAACCUCAGAUCCAAGAGGAAUCCCCAAAAAUCCAAAAUGUGUGAAGUGCAAUGCAGUAUCAUUUGAACAAUGGGAUGUUCUAUUACACUAUUAAUGAGCGAAUUGAUGGCGUCUCUGGCAAGUUCGCUAAGCCUUCACCAAUACUUUUUAGAUCAAUAUUACAAAGUAACAAAUCAGUUAAUGGGAAAAUUGAUAAGAGGCCGUAUUUCACCGGUGACCAUCUGUCACGUAUCACACCUUCGUCACUGCUCUGGUUUUACUCCUCAUGCCGUUGUCUUUCUACAUUGUAUUCCGACUAAAGUAAGUAUUCUGCUGGUGGACUAAGCAUCCCCGAGG